AUGACAAUAUCCACCUUCGACUACUUCGCCCGAGCCAUCAUCUACGUCAACGGCGCCAUUUCAUAUCUCAUGAACGUCAUCUUGAUCCACACAAUCCUCAAGUACAGCAAGCCACAUAUGGGAACCUACAAGUAUUUAAUGAUUAUAUUCGUGGUCUUUAAUAUGAUGUACACCGCCGUACAUAUUUCCGUGAUGCCGAACAUGCACGUCGAAGACUACGGAUUUGUCGUCUUCCCAACUUCUUGGAUGUUUCAAGGGCUGAUGGCUCCUUCACAUUGGGGCAUGAUCACGUAUUGCAGCAUGUUUUGCGGUAGCCUUGUUCUAAUCACCUACCACUUCACCUAUCGAUAUUUGCUGAUAUGCAAAAAUCAUCUCCUCUUCCUCUACAACGACAUCACCUACUUCCCGAUCCACUUCACGAUUUGGAUCUAUUGGACGCUACAGAGUAGCUCUAUGAGCGAAAAAUCGCGACGACUUCAGAAGGAGCUUUUCAAGGCGUUGAUCAUCCAGACCAUUAUCCCGGCAAUUUUCGAGUAUUCCCCAUGCGCCCUCACCUUCCUCACACCACUUUUUCAUAUUCCUUUUGGUCGCCUGUGCAAUUACGUACCGAUCGCCAUCUCAUUCUACCCAAUUUUGGACCCGAUUUGCAUCAUAUAUUUUAUUAAGGACUACCGAUAUGCGCUGCUUGGGAGAUGGCUGACACGACAGCAGAGCGUCUACGAGAAUUCCACGAAACAAUCGAAGGUCCGGGAUUGCAGCGUGGUGUCAAAUCAGAUUCAGAAUAGCGACACGCAGCAA